AUGGCAGAAAACAAUUUUGUAGGUGAACAGGCUCUUGCGCAACUAUUCUACUCUAUGCUUGAGCUGGGGAUUCGCAGUCGAAGAACGCGAGUUUCCAUUGUACAGAAUAUGCGACUACCACCAGAAUUGAUCAUCGCAAUUCUCAGUCACGUCGAUGACAGAUCCGCGCUGCUCAAAAUCCGUCUUGUUUCAAAAGUCUGUAACGUUAUCGUUAGCCCUAGGGCAUUUCAUACGUUAACUGUUUAUCGCACGACGGCUAGUCUGGAGGGGUAUCAAAACAUUGGGCUUGAACUGGAAUGUAUGGAGUUGAGAGAACAUGUGGAGGAAAUUAUACUCGUUCAGGACCCCCUUGGGCACAUCGACCGCUCGAACGACAAAGACCAAACUUUAGCGGAGUGGACUCCUGAUAUUCCCGUCAAGGGUUGGGAAUACCUUUGUCUUGCAAUGGUUCCUUAUUUCAGAAACGUAAACUCAUUGAGAGUCAUUUUAUCUUCUGAAGUGUCUGACGACUGGUACGCAAUCGAAGGGGCCAACUUCGAUCCAGGCGAAUUGGACGAAAUCGAAAACCCUCGUACCAGGAUCCAUCUUCAAGACAGGACGAUGCAACUGUUGGGUGGGAUACACGACGAGAACUAUAAAAAGGUUCCGGAGAAGAUGGUCGUAGGCCAGCUGCAAACUUUGGAAAUAACCAAUUUGGCUGCGUACCCAUGCGAUGCAUUUGCAAUGGCUGGGAUGAAAAACCUUCUGGGGGGGAUUACCCGACUUAAAUUCAGGUUCUUGUCGAACGUGGCCGCUGGCGAUUUCAUAUAUUACCAUCCAUUCGUUUUCUUUUGGGAGCGUAAGGAUCUGCCGAUUAUUAUGAACACUUCCCAGAAUCUCACCUCGCUCGAAUUGUCGACAAAUGUACUCCGUAUCUGCGACUGGAAUCUCUUCGAAACACUUCCAAAACUUGAACAUAUUUCCCUUACCAACUUCGUCUUCCAGUACACCGCCCGUGGACUUACGCGAAACUGCCUCGAGUCAUACAUUCUCCGCCAUCAUAAAACGCUGUGCCGCCUCGAAUUAUUAGGGUGCUGCAUUGACCUUACGCGUACCACUUCACCGCAGCCGUGCUGGGCAGACGUAUUUACGCGUCUUGAAACAAGGUUACCAAAGCUCCAGAGCUUCCAGUUCCAUCCUCUUCCCAUGAUCUCUGCAAGGACUAGCGAUAUAGUUGAUUAUGAAGGUUAUGCCUGUGGGCAUGAUGACCGUCAAGGAUACAAGCGCAGAUUCCGCAUUGGAUUGCAUGCUCCGAAUGACAUUCUGCCACGGGAUGGAGUAGAGCUGGUGGAUAAAGACGCGUACCAGCAUGUCAAAGAAGUACUAGAUAAACGAAGCCCCGUCGCGAUUGCUUAG